CUGAAACUCUCAAAUCUUCGAACCCUGGACUGCGGGAGGGGAAGGACGCGUUGUGUGCGAAGUUUUUAAAUGUGGGGUUCGUAGAUGGAGAAUGUAUUGAGACUCCCCUGGGCUGUUUUUGAACAUCAUCAUCACGGAGGCUUCACGGAAUCAUUAAAUGUUACUUAAUUAUAGGUGUCCUCUAUUUACGAACAUCGUCCUUACUCGAAUUCCGAACAAAAAUGCAGCCUAACGCAGAGCUGUAAAAGUCGGGCGAAGUUGCCUGGUUUCGUCCGGAGACGCGCUGGGGAGUCCACAGCCUCUGUGAAGCCCAAUGCAUCUCGAAGGAAACCUUCCUUAAGGACGAAGGCAAAACAAAAGUGGAUUUUUGGUCCUUCUCUCCUUUCUAAAUGGGUCGUCAUUCUUCUAGUUUAAUGUCCAUUUGGAUUCAGCUGGAACUUUGCGCUAUGGCUGUUCUUCUCACAAAAGGAGAAAUAAGGUGCUACUGCGACGCUCCCCACUGCGUGGCCACUGGUUACAUGUGCAAGUCGGCACUCGGUGCGUGUUUCACCAGGGUGCUGGACCCUCACAGCGUGAACUCCCCUCUCAUCCACGGGUGUGUGGACCCCGUGGACCCCUCAGCCAGCAUGUGCACCUCCCCAGGCCCUUCCGUGCUCCGGUGUUGUCAUGAAGACAUGUGUAACUAUCGGGGCCUUCAUGACUUGGCGCAUCCCAGGGGCGAACAUUCAGAUGUCGGGAGCCGGCACCAGUCGGACAGCAGCCACAACCUCGUGACCAAGGUGCAGGAGCUGGCGUCGGCCAAAGAGGUGUGGUUCCGCGCCGCCGUGAUCGCUGUGCCUGUUGCAGGGGGCCUCAUCCUGGCACUGCUGGUGAUGCUGGCCCUGCGCAUGCUGCGCAGUGAGAACCGCCGCCUGCGCGUCCAUCGGCAGCACGCAGUGGCCCACCUCCACCACAGCUUCCACAGCACCAGGAAGGGGGCCCCUCUGACCAAGCUGAAGCCCAUUGGGACCCCUGUGGGGACUCAAGAUAGCGUGUGUCUGGCCUGCGAUGGCACACGGCCGCCAGACCUCAGCAGGGACGGGAUCCUCUCAUUAGUGCAAUGGGGUGUGUACAACCACCAGGGCAAGGUGGAGCUGGUCUGAUCUACCUUCUGGACUAAACCGGAGCUCCUGUCUGAUCGCCUACUUUGUCGUCCUUCCUGGUUAAUUCUUUAUUCUGAGGAGCCUUUUCCUUGAAAUAAGAGCUGAUCCCACAAGGAGCUAUAAGUGAGCUUGAGCAUGCUCGAGAAGAUCUGUGAUCCAGCCAGGUCCUGGAGUUCUGCUGAUCACUGAAGGAUUCAGAUGUUUGUUUUAUUUGCACAUUAAUAUGAAAUAACCUGCUUGUGCAGAAAACGGGACAUUUAAGCUGAGCAGGGUGUCGAACUCAAGGAUCUGAAGGUGUAUAAAUCAGUGUUAGUUUGUACACAGUUGUCACUGGUUGGAUUCUGUUUGUAAAUAUUUUGAAAAUAUAUUGUUUUCAUAAAUAACCUCAGUUUGCUUUAUUUCUUUAGCGAACAUCAGAACAUAAACUGGCUUCUUAAAAACCCAUCUGCCAUCAGAAUGGACAUAAGUCAACAAAAGGUUUAUAACAAAACAAUUGGUCAUCUGGUUUUGUAAAAAUCUCAAAUACAGCUAUGACAAAUUUUCUAAACCUUUUCAACUUGAAGAUGCACUGAAACUAAUUUAA